CCUCCUCCUUCUCCCUCCAUUCCUCUCCCCCUCUGUGCUGGUCCUAUUCUUGAGGACUUGCUUGUGAAACGGGAGAGAUAAACAGACACUGAACGCAGAGGAAAGGACACGGGGAGAGAUAGUGUGUUAGAAUUUAGGAAAUACCUCCCUCCCCUCCCCCCUGUCUAUCUCUCCAUCUUCACCCCUUGUCUCUUCUUUAAUGGAUAGAAAUUAUCCUGGCACAGGAUUCGGUGAUCUGGGCGCUGGAACGGGAUGGAGUUACGAGAGAUCGGCGAAGGCAAGUUUGGUUUAUGGGAGCUCCAGAUCCUCCCAUCCAGACUCAGAACUCCUCCACCGUCAAGCUUAUGCCACACCACACCCCCUGCAAGGAUAUGCAACAAAUCAUCAUCCAGGCACCUCUGGACAAGGUGGAGCAUGGGGCACAGGAAGGAGCUUAGGGCUCUCAGGCUUGUUUGAUACUGGACUACAUCAUGCCAGUCCCUCAGGACCAGAUGCUUCAGUUAUGAACUUGAUCUCUGCUUUGGAAUCCCGAGGUGCUCAGCCACCCCCCUCUGCCUCUUCCCUUCUCUCCCAAUUUCGCACCCCCUCUUGGCAAACUGCAAUGCACACUCCAGCCCCUGCAGAGCUAUUCAUUUCUGGUGCACUACCUGGCUCUGGCUCAUUUCCCUCUUCCUCUGCUCUGUCAGCAUAUCAGCACCCUGCAUCCUUCUCAGGGCGCUCCUUCCCUGGGGUGACCCCAUCAUUAUCUCUGCAGGACACGCCUACCUUCAGUCCUACUUCCAACGGUCUCCUGUCACCACAUGAUCCUUUGCUACACAUUAAAACACCCUCCCAGUCAAGUCUUGGCUUUGACCGUCUUCUGUCUUCACAGAGUGGGACUGCUUCAUAUAGAGGGCCACAAGAGCCCACUAGUGCUCCUCCACCACAAGCACCUGCAUCCUCCUCAACACGCCAUUUACCGCCUCAGUUUAACCUGCUGUCCUCACAACUGCAGGAUCAGUCCUCUCAACUCUACAAUUCCUCUGUUUUUUCUUCUGCACCCCCUCAACUGCCACAGUCCCAGGAAAGAGCCAUCCCUAGGCAAGACAGUGUGAUCAAGCACUACCAGAGACCUUCUCCUGGACAGUCUCAACUAUCCUCUUCCACACCUCAUCCCCUACCACACUAUCUUAGUUGUGGUGCAUCAGGAUACCAGCAGAUAUCCCAUCAUCGGCAUGGUUCCUCCAUAAACUGUAGCCCACUGGGUGAACAGAGCCCAUCAUCUGACCCCAAACCCUCUCCCCGAUCAGAGCAGGUAUAUCGUCCUAUUAUCCAGCCCCCGUACACCUCCUCCUCAGCUGGCUCGGGUGGUGGUAUUGGGAAAACAGGAAAGAGUUCCAGUUCAAGUAGUGGCUAUUCUUCCUCUGGCUCUUCCUCAUCUCGAACCCCUCACACUCCUCCUUCAGCUUCUUCCACCUCCUCCUCUUCUUCCUCCUCUGCCUCUAAUCCUAAUAUUUCAUCCAGUACCUCCUCUGCACCCUCAAGGCAGCAACCACCACCCCAGUCAGCACCACAACCCCCGCCACCUCCACCACCAACAGUGUCAUCCUCUGCUACACAGCAGCAGCCACCCAAACCUUGCCUGUCUACAUAUGGCUCUCCAGUUGCUCCUGUCAAGCCAACUGCUGGCCUUCCUGGUCAGACCCCACCACAGCAGCAGUCAUAUUCACCAAGCCAGCCACCCACCUCUCACUUGCCCCAGCCAUAUGGAGGAUUCAGUUCUCCACAGGCUCAGGAUCUUGGUUCCAGCCUUGGGGGGUCAGGAAAAGCUUAUGGAAAUCUUGGAGCUACGGGGCGUUCAUUUUCAGCUGAGGUGGUUUAUGGUUCUGAUUCAGGAUAUGGUUCUUUGCCACCAUCUCUCGGAGGGGCAGGGAGUCCCUCAAUGGGCUAUGGCGGUACAGGACAUUCACCUUCACUAAUGGUGUCUGGAGGUGGUACCGGUACAACAAGCAGUACCACGGGAUCUGGAGCAGGUAGUUCAGGAAGUGUGGGGGGUGGUUCAGGUGGUGGUAGUGCUAGUGUAGCAAGUGGUGGAGGAUCAUACCACCUCCCGGAUUCCAGCCCUUCACCAUCAAGUAAUUCUGGAAUAAUUCGCCCAGGUCUGCACUCUCCUGCCCCAACUUGCCCUGCACAAUCACCUGGAGGAAAUGGGGGCAACAAGUACCUAUCCUCAGUUCUUUCCCCAGCAUUCCUGGCUUCUCCACAAGGAUACUCAGACACAAGGGUGCCACCCCAGCAAACACAGUCUUAUCACACAACGCCGCCAAAAUCUAAGUCUGAUUCUGAGAUGCUUGGGGUAGAAAGAUCUCAAGAAGAGGAUGAAGAAGAUGAGGAUGACUUUUUGAUUCAGCACUUACUGCACUCACAGAGUCCAGCACCCAAUCCCUCCCAGCAUCAUUCUCAACAAGCUCAGCAAGUAGCCUCACAACAACCGCAGUCCCAGUCCAUUUCCCACAGUAGAGAUGGAGGGAAGUCUCUCUCUGCAUAUGAACUGAACAAGGCAUCUGAAGAACGUUAUCAUCUACAGAGUGUCAUUCGGACCAAUAAUACCACCAACAAUGUGGCUUCAGUUGCUGCUGGCUCUUGUGGUCCAGGCACAGGUUUAGAGAACCAGUUGGAGAUGUCUCUGAAAAAGCAGCAGCAGACUAAGUCUGAUAGAGUGCUUGCUGGAUCUGGUGCAACUGGAGGUCGAGGUGCAGUUGAUUCUUUGUCUCAUACUCAUUCCCAUGGUCAACAUGACUCCCUAGGUUCAGUGGUCCACUAUGGCAGAGGAGACCCUUACACUCAUCAAACACAUCAACAUCACCCUCCUCACCCAUCGCACUCGCAACACCCUCAGCAUUCACAGCACUCUCACCCCCAUUCAAUGUCCCACUCACAUAUAGAUCUUAAGAAAGCUCAGGAUCCUUCAGAAUUACCCUACCUACGAAAGACUCCAGACUUGCAGCAGCGACAGACUCAGCCCUCCCUUGGACUAAUGGAUUCUCCACCCGACCCAUCUCAGCAAACCUCCCAGGCUCACCUUCUCCAGUCUGUCCUUUCGCAUACCACUCGAAACAAGAUGGACAACCAACAGACUCCCUCACAGCAACAACAACACCCAAUGAGUCAACAAGCCAUGAUUGGACCAAAUGGGGUAUUAGGUACUGGUGGCUCUGGAGGAGUAGACACUCAGCCACAGGCCUCUCAACUUCAACUCCAGCUCCAGUCCCAAACUAUGGAGGUCCACUAUGGACGUGAGGCUCAGCAAAAUCAAAGCCAGUCAAGUCAGAAUUCUGUUUCACCACUAGACAUGCUAGAGAGAUCUCUCUCCAGGACAAACAGUGUGGAAGGGCCAGGGUCCACUGAUAGAGUUGGUGCAGGAGAUGGGAGCACCGCUGAUCAUCACAGACAACAGCAACAACAUAGGAUGUCCUCACACCAUCAAUCCCACCACUCUCAACAACCAGAAGCAGAGCUUGAUUUCUUGUCCGAGUCUGAUUUGAGCAUGUCAACCCCCUCUCAUUUGCAUCUUAUGGCCUCACACCAUCCACCCCCUCAUUCCCUCCAUCAGCCACAGGCACACUCUCACCAUCAACAUCCUCACCAGCACCCUCACCACAUGCAACUAGCUUCUGGACCUCCCCAGUCCCAGCCCAGGGAACAAGAGCCACAGCUCUCACAGCCACAGCUGGAUCAGCUCAAAGAGCAUCAAUAUGACACUGGUAGCCCUGUGGGAAAAACAGCUCAGAACCAGGGUCAGAGCCAAGAGCAGCAACAACGGUUCAUGCCACUGACAUCUAUUUGUUUCCCAGAUUCUCUUCUCCAAGAUGAGGAUCGUUCCUUUUUUCCAGGGAUGGAGGAUAUGUUCUGCUCUGAAGACUACAAGGCAAGUUGUGCUGGAGGAGGUGGAAGUGCAGGACAAGGGGGUCAGGAUGGUGUGCCAGAGGCACAUGGAACAUUACAAGAUGGAAUGGAUGCAGUUAAAGCUACAGGUGGUGGAGGUGCAUAUGACAUGAUGGGUCAUCAUGGUGAUCAGGAGUAUGGGCAGUAUUGUCACAGUUUGUCUGAAUCUGGCAAUGGUACUAUGCACUUAGAUCUGGACCCCUUGAAAUCCAAUGAACUCCCAUCCACUGUAAACACAGAACAACUAGGCUUAAUUCAGUCUCAGGGCCCAGGCCUUGGGAUGGGCAGCACGGGACACGUAGUGGACGGAACUGGAAACAAAAUUAUGGGCUCUGCAGGUGUAGGUAGUGGUCCUGGCACAGCAGGACUCACCUCACCAAUCUUUUGUUCCUCUAGACCUAAAAAACUUUUGAAAACAAGUUCAUUUCACCUCCUUAAACAGCGGAAAGACCCUAAUGCCCAAUCACAGGCUAAGAAGAACUAUGCUCAAGAAUAUGAAUUUGAGGAUGACGAGGAUAAAGCAGAUGUUCCAGCUGACAUCCGCUUAAACAGCAGACGUCUGCCUGACUUGCUUCCUGAUCUUGUUUCCAGUUGCAGAAAGUCUGGAAGUGGUUCAGGAGUUGGCAGUUUAAGCCCUUUGAUGGGUGAUUUAGAUUUCUGCCACCCCUCAGGGUACCCAUCCCUUGGACCUCCUCCACAACUGCUCCCACAUGAUGGCCCAAAGAAAAGGGGGAGGAAACCCACCAAACCUAAACGUGAAGGUCCACCAAGACCCAGGGGUAGGCCACGUAUUCGGCCUCUCCCCGAGCCUCCUUAUUGCAGGAACAUGAUGGGACCUGGUGGAGAGAGUAGAAGGGGCCGUGGGCGAGGAAGAGGGCGUGGAAGGAAAGAUGAUCAAAUGCUAGAAAUGCACAGAGACAUGAACAAGGGGCAGAACUACCAACAACAAGCACCUCACCUCCAUCAACCACAGUUACAACAGCACAUGCACCACCAUCUACAGCAACACCAACCACAACAUAUGCACCAACAGCAGCACCUACAUGUACAACAACUUCAUCAACACCACCAACAGCAACACCAUCAACAACUUGCACAGCAUCAGCCUCAGCAACAAUACCAGGAACCCAUCAAACCAAUCAAAAUUAAGCUCCCUAUUCCUUCCAUGCCCUCAUCUGACUCCCUACUGAGGACAGACUCCCUGUCUAGUACAGAUCCAGUUUUGUCUGAUGGUUCGGUAGGAUCUGCACCAUCUCUUGGUUUGAGCCCAGGGCCCACUACCAUUGUGGACAUGAACAGAAUUGACAUGAAUAGAAAUGAUAUGAGCUGUGGUCAGGAAAAGAUGAAGCAGAAACCCCAAGAGAUGUCCUGGGAUGGAGACAUGGAUGACCAAAUGACCCCAGAGGCCUGGGCUACCAUGCAGAAGCUUUCCGGCUCAACGGAGGAGAAAUCUUCAGAGCUGAAGUCAGGUUUUAUAACUUCUUUUCUGGAUUUCUUGAAAACGGGGAAGAAGCAGCUGGGCACUGAAGCUCCAGCUAUGGAUGUGUGCACUUCCACAGAUUCCUCUUCAGUAAAGGGAGGCAUCCGCCCAUUAUCCCCACAACCACCUCCUCCUCCACCUCCCCCCUUUGGAGAGAACGAGAGUGAUGGAAGCCUGGGUCUCAGUAACUGUCCCUCCCCCUGUAAAAGACUUGACGAGGACCUCAAGAGGAACCUGGAGACCCUGCCAUCGUUCUCCUCAGACGAGGAAGACUCGGUCAGUAAGAACCAGGACCUGCAGAAGAGCAUCUCAUCCGCCAUUUCUGCUCUCUAUGACACGGCCCACAGUCUCGCUGCCAUUCCACUUCCUCCUACGCCAUCGCCGCCCACUCCACAGACGGUGUCUCUUAACACACCCCCUCCACCCCCACAACCUGAAUCUGUCCUGCUCACUGAACCCGAGACGGAGAUAAACACGUCACAGGAGCUGGAUUCGCUCUCACGGCCCAACCUCAAGGAGGAGGCACAUGUUCCAGGCAAGGGUGAGGAACGGGAAGAACCUGUGCAGGAAGUACAUGAAGACAUACAGCAGAAAGAAGACAGACAGACUGAAUGUGAGGAGGAAGGAGAGGAGUUGGAAGAAGACAUAAGUGAGGAGGAGGAAGCUGAUCAGAUAAGGACAGAGGAGAGCAAGCCGGAAGAAGAAGAGGAAGUAGAAGAGCCAGAGUAUGAAAUGCUGGGUGCUCCCAAGGUUGAUGGAUCUCCAUCCGAGCUUCCCCCUGCACCCCCUUCUCCUCCAUCUCUUUCUCCUUCUCCCCCAGCCUCCUCCUCCCCAUCCCCUCUGCCUCCUCCUCCUCUGUCUCUCCCCUCCCCUCUCCCAUCUCAAGAAGAGGAGCAGCAGCAACAGCCACCACUGCAUAAUUCCCUGCCUCCCAGCCCUUCUCCACCUGCUCUCCCCUCUCCCUCCCUGCCUCCGCCCACGUUGCCCCCCUCUGCUACACCCCCACCGUCCCCCUCCCCGCCUCCUCCCGAAGAGCUGCCCCCGCCCUCCCCGGCCUCACCCCCCCCCCCCGCUGCAGCCCCGCGCACUGAAGAUAUUGGUACUCUUAAGCUGGCGCUGCAGACCGGACGAGAGCCUCCUCCAAUCUGGAGGGUCCAGAAAGCUCUGCUGCAGAAGUUUGCUCCUGAAAUCAAAGAUGGACAGCGGCAGUUUUGUGCUACCAGUAACUAUUUGGGCUACUUUGGAGAUGCAAAGAUGCGUUAUCAGCGUUUAUAUGUCAAAUUCUUGGAGAAUGUGAAUAAAAAGGAUUAUGUCCGAGUGUGCUCGCGGAAACCCUGGCAUCGGCCCAGUCUCACACUGAGACACCAGUCACUUCCUAAGCCACAACCUGUACGUAGCUUGACUCCACCUCGCAUGGAACGAGAGGAUAGAGAGAAAGAGAGAGAGAGACAACGGGAACAAAGGGAAAAAGAAAUGGAAAGGGAGCGAGAACGAGAGAGGAAACAGAUUGAGAAAUCUAGGAGAGAAAAGGAGAGAGAACUUGAAAAGCAAAAAGAGGAGAAACAAAAAGAAAGGGAAAGAAGGAAAAGAAGCUCCAAGAGCGACACUCAAGAGAAGCUGGAGAGGAGAACGGCCGUUGUGGAGCGCGGGAGGGUCAAAGAGGAGAAAAGAGAUGGAGAGAAGAGGGUCGACAGGACGAGGAGCAGACCUGUGAAAGUAAAGGCAGAACCUCCACCUAAAAAGAGGAAGAAGUGGCUUAAAGAAAUGCCCUCUUCAUCUGAUUCAGUCUCCUCCCCUGACCCGCCCAGUGAGGAGGAAGUAUCCACACGGAGUGGGAUGAACAGUCGGGCCAUGAGAGAGAUGUUCCGCAGUUAUGUAGAGAUGCUGGUCAGCACUGCUCUGGACCCGGACAUGAUCCAAGCUCUUGAGGACACCAACGAUGAGCUUUAUCUCCCACCCAUGAGAAAGAUUGACAGUAUCCUCAACGAACAGAAACGAAGGCUGUUAAGAAGGGUCAACAUGAGUGUACAGCAUCAGGAGGCACUGAACAUGUUCCCUCAAAUGACAGCAGACCCCCUAGACUCUGGAGCGGUUAAAGUGCACCUGGGUGGAGAGAGUUACAACCGCAAAACCCUCAACAGAGUCAAAAUGAGCCUUCCCAAACAGCAGGACCUGAAGCUGUCAACAGAGACUUGUCGAAUAUACAGUCUCUAUCACUCUCUCCAUCACUACAAAUAUCACACAUUUCUGCACUGUAAAAAAGAGACGGACAACAUAGAGCAGGCAGCGGAGGAGGAUCCAGGUCAGGAGGAGGUGGUUCAGCAGUGCAUGGCCAACCAGGGCUGGCUAGAGACUCUGUUCAAUUCCUUCAUUGAACUGCUGACGCUCAGCACCAAGGCUUAAGAUUCAGCUGUCGACGUUCCAAGCACGUCCUAUUUGGAGAAGGGAGAAACUCCUCUUUCUCAAACAAAGCCGGUGCACCUCCAGGUUGCAGGAAAAUUAGAUUUUCCUUUGCAGAAUGUGUAAGAGCCACUGGCGGUUUAAGCUGUUGCAUUUUAACAUAAAAAUGUUUUUGUAAAGCUUUCAUUCCUCUCUCUUUCAUUAUGUGUCAGCUCCCUGCAACGGGAGCCACAGGGAGACGGUAUGAAAACAAAAAAAAACAAUAGAGCGAGAAUGUGUAAAGACCGUUGUCUGCACAGAGACGAAUAAAGAUAGUGCCAAAGGGAACAGGGUUGAAAACCUCACUGGUCAGCAGUGUUUUGGCAGAGGUGAGCUUUGAAUGCUAUGUUCCAUGCACACUCUUAUAUAUAAAUAUGUAUUAUGAACAAUUAUGAUUUGUAUUAUUUAUACAUUGACAUUUAUACAUGGUUACCUCCCAAAGCUGGGGCGGUUUGCUGUUAUUAUUUUGAAUAAUAAUGUUCAUGUUUUAUGAGGGUGUACAUGAAAUGGGCCACCCGUAACCCCCUAUUCUUCCUGUCCCCUAAGCUGAAGGACAAGGCGGACAAAAGAGCGGGGUCAAAGCAGUGUGUAGUUCCUUUUUUGUCAAAAAAUAGAGCAAAAGAAAAAUUUAUUUAAAAUAAAAAAAAAAUCUUUCUGUUCUUUAAAAGAAAAUGCGGAAAAAGAGGUGUAUUUGUUCGUUUUCUCAAAGAAAACACGACGGUGCAGAGGGAUGUAAUAGUUUUAAAGUGUGCAAAAUGUCUGUUUACUUUUUUUUUUUUUUUAUCUGUUGGUUGUUUACUAUGAUAAUUAUUAUUUUGGAGGUUUGCUUAUUUCUCUCCUGUAAAUAUUGUACAGUUGCUUCAGUCUCUCUCUCUCUCUACCUGUCCCUCAUCUGUACAUGAAAUCCUCCUGUAUUUGACAAACGCAAAUAAAAGAAAAGAAAAAUGAGUUUAUGAAAAUGAUGCAUUUUCACACAAGACUGCCUUGGAUUUUUUUUUUUUUCUUUUUUCGUUUUAUUGUUCUAGACAUACUUGCUGGUAUUUUGCACGGGCUUUAUACGGGUAGGAAUGAUAUCUUGGAGGGAAAUACAAUGGAAAUAAAGCAGUACAGUCAA